GCUGGCACACCAGACGAGUCUGUCCUUCUGGAUGCUAUCAUUAGCUAUCUUACCAGACGACAAUUCGAGAGGCUUUGGGCAUUAAACAUGAUCUCUGCAACCAUUUGCAGCCUGCACCAGUGCUCAAGACUGUGGAGAGAGGGGACAAGUUCUUGUGGGACCUCGCAGGAGAAAGGAAACUCCUGAAAUGGCACAUUAAUAGUCCCUGGCCACUGUCCAGAGAGUCAGUCGGUGGCCUUGAAAAAUCAAUAUGUCUUUCCAUGAAGAGCCUCAGGGGAGGUUAUCCCUGACUACAGACAUGCCCUUCAAGACCAACUUCACUAGCCCUAUUAACACUACAUUGGAUGUUCCACCUUCCUCAGGAACUAUGGAAGACACGAUAGCCACCUUCACCAUUGGGGUGAUCUUAUCCCUUAUGUGUGUGAUUGGAGUAGCAGGGAACGUGUAUACCUUGGUGGUGAUGUGCCAGUCAAUGCGCACUGCAGCAUCCAUGUACAUCUAUAUUAUCAACCUGGCUCUUGCUGACCUCCUUUAUCUUCUUACCAUCCCAUUUAUUGUUGGCACCUACUUUAUCCAGGAAUGGUACUUUGGAGACAUUGGCUGCCGCAUCCUUUUCAGUCUUGACUUUCUGACCAUGCAUGCUAGUAUAUUCACCCUCACCAUCAUGAGCACCGAACGCUACUUUGCCGUUUUGAAACCUUUAGACACAGUCAAGAGGUCCAAGAGCUACAGAAAGUGCAUUGCCAUAAUCGUCUGGUUGGUGUCAUUUCUUAUAACAUUGCCCAUGUUAAUUAUGAUUAAGCUGGUACACAAUGAUAACAAGAGCAUCUGUCUGCCUAUGUGGAGUCGCAUGUCCUACAAGAUAUAUCUAACAAUCUUGUUUUGCACAAGCAUUGUAGGUCCGGGGCUCAUUAUAGGCUACCUGUACAUAAGACUGGCCAGGACCUAUUGGGUAUCUCAAACAGCUUCAUUCAAGCAAACCAAGAGACUGCCAAACCAGAAGGUGCUAUAUCUCAUUUUUACCAUAGUCCUGGUAUUCUGGGCUUGCUUCUUGCCAUUCUGGAUCUGGCAGCUCCUCGUCCAGUAUUGUGAAUCUCUCCCCAUUUCACCCAAAGCCAAUAGGAACAUUAACUAUCUGACUACAUGCUUGACAUAUAGCAACAGUUGCAUCAACCCUUUCCUCUACACCUUACUCACGAAAAACUACAAGGAGUACCUGAGGAACAGGCAGAGGUCCUGGAGCAACAGUGGCUACUUCCGGAACCGUUUCCAAAGGAUGUCUGGAAGGUCCAUGUCCACCAGUAGUCAACAGUGCACCGAAAGUUUUGUCUUGGCUCAAUGUCCUGCGGGUAACAACAGCUUCUGAAGGCAUUAAAAUGAGACUUAUGAUCCAGGGUGUAUCAAGAACUUGUAGGACAUACUACUUGAGUCUUUCUGAAAUCCAAGGAACCAUAUACUAUUUUUUGGUGAUUAAUCAAAAAUACUGUGAUGCAUGGGCACUCUGUAAAAUAUCUUCCUGUUAUCAAAAUUCAAUAUCAACAUGUUAAAUUGGAGUCCUCUUCUUACGGUACUAUUGGAGAAGUCAAUGCUUGACCUUGUGUAUUGUGUUCUUCUCAUUACAUGUUCUACAUGUUCUUCUUAUUUUAUUAAAAUGUAAAUGUUGCUGACUAAUGUGGUGCUCAUUAUCUAUCCCCAAGCCCUAGUCAAUGUUUAUUAUACCACUACUUGGAACUGAACCAUUGUCAUGGGCUCCAAAUUCUAUUGGUCUCCUACCAUCUUCCAACAAGAUGGCAGGACAUUUUCUAGGUGAUAUCCCCUCCAUAAACAUCUAUAGAAGGCCAUUUAGGCCCCCUAACUUGAUCCCUAUACACUUUAUUGUGUUGUAAGUCUGUGGUGUAGUUAAUUGGCAUAGUAAAUAUGCAUCACCAAGCAUAGGUUUGUCCUUCUGGUAAAGCUAUUAACUUUAAGAUAUUUCUCACCAUAGUUACUAACUGGCCAAUGUCAAGAAGCAUGCAGAAACUUAAAACUGCUAGGCUCCAAUGCAAAAUCUGCCAGUCUAAACCUACUGUACCAUGUGCCAUUGGUGUCGUCUUAUAUGGCCACAAUGACCUUUGGAACUCCUCUACUACAGGAGCCCCAGUUUGUUAUCUCUACACAUCUAUAAGUAAAACCAUGUGUACCGUAACCAAUUGGUACUGUCAAAAUUAGAAGGCCCCAACCACAUGUGAGAAAUAAACCUUGAAUUUUUAGGGUUUAACUUCUCUCUUGCACUCAUCUGCAUAACUUCUCCCAAAAAGAAUGAAAACUAUGCUGGCAAUUAACCCUUUUCCUAGAGCCAUUGGUGUGGAGCAACAAAUCUCUGGUCACAGUUGCAGUUGUGAAGGUGUCUAUCAAUCAAAAGCCAGUCAUGGUUAAAACAGAAACUAAUGGGGCGAGGUGAUAUAGUGCAGUUCCCAUUCUUUUCAUAUGCCCUACAGAACAGACGCAAGUUGCCUCUAUGGCAGAUGCGAUACUGAUUUUGAGCAUAUUUUUUAUAUUUUAGACUUGUGUGUGGUACACACAUUAAUUUUACAACCUUGUGGCUGGAAUGACAUAUCCAUCUGGUGAUGGUCAUGGUUUAUUAAGCUGCCUGGCAAACAGGCUCCAUCUUCAUGUUGUUUUAGCAUCUGCUGCCUCCAAGAAGAAUGUUUAUUGUGCUUUUUAUUGUGCUUUUCACAAUUAUGAAUUUUUCCUGUUUACAUUUUUGAGUAAA